AGUGCGCAAGUGUACGCAUGCGCAAGAUUGAGGCGCGAUGGCAGGUGUCGGGGUCCGACCGCUUCAGGGGAUGGUGCGAUUUGUGCUGCUGGUGCUUACUGUGUGUGCUGCGGGUUCCCGUGGGCUCUAUUUCCACAUCGGCGAGACUGAGAAGCGCUGCUUCAUCGAGGAAAUACCCGACGAGACCAUGGUCAUCGGCAACUAUCGAACUCAGAUGUGGGACAAGCAGAAAGAGGUCUUCCUGCCAUCGACCCCCGGCCUAGGCAUGCACGUAGAGGUGAAGGACCCGGACAGCAAGGUAGUACUGUCCCGGCAAUACGGCUCCGAGGGCCGUUUCACGUUCACUUCCCACACACCCGGUGACCAUCAGAUUUGUCUGCACUCCAACUCCACCAGGAUGGCUCUCUUCGCUGGAGGCAAACUGCGUGUACACUUGGACAUCCAGGUUGGGGAGCAUGCCAACAACUACCCUGAGAUCGCUGCUAAGGAUAAGUUAACAGAGCUACAGCUUCGUGCUCGCCAGUUGCUUGAUCAGGUGGAACAGAUCCAGAAGGAGCAGGAUUAUCAGAGGUAUCGUGAAGAGCGCUUUCGUCUGACCAGUGAGAGCACCAACCAGAGGGUCCUGUGGUGGUCCAUUGCCCAGACUGUCAUCCUCAUCCUCACUGGCAUCUGGCAGAUGCGUCACCUCAAGAGCUUCUUUGAGGCCAAGAAGCUGGUGUAGGGAUCUUGCUCUAUAACCUUUCCCUUUACCUCAAUUAUUUGAUAAUUUCCCCACCCAGCCCCUUGUCCACCUGGAUUUUGAGGAGGAAAUUGAAAAACAAUGUGUCAUUGGUAUCGUGGCAUUAAGCCAGUCAGAUCAGCUACCUUUGACUGUGGUUCUCCAAGAAGCAGACAUUGGUCUAAGCUUUCAAAACCUGCCUUAGGGUUUGGGAGAAGUUGGAAUUAACCCAAGAUCAAGUCAUUUCUUUUGCCUCUGGUGAUUCUCCUCUGUUUUCGAAGAGAUGACCAAAUGCACUUCUGUUUCUUGUUUGUCUGCUUGUUCAGUAAGCAAGUGGCAUGCCCAUGGAGGAGACCCUGCCUCAAUGUUUCUGGGUCAGUCCUGAGUUCUCCCAAUGGCUUUGUGAAUGUAAAUAAGGGGCAGUUUGGGGCCCUGAAGGAUUAAGAUGUUUUCUAUAUUUUAGAACUAUUUUUGGAUAAAUUAUAUAUUUUCCUUCCUGAUUGAAUCAUCAUCACUGCCUGUAACUAGCCAAAAACACCAAUCCAGACCUUAUCCAUUCUACUUAUUCAUACAGUUUUAAUAACUGCCAUGCAGUGAUUUCAGCAAUCUGGGGCCAGAAAGCAGAUCCCUGUCAGAAGGCCAACAAGAGUUCUCUUGAAUCCUUGUGAGUCUGAUCCCACAGGGUCACAGUGUCAGGAAAGAGAGGGACAGAGUAAUUCAGAGCCGUGUGCCCUUUCCUUAAGUUUUACUUAAGCAGUUGUAAAUGUUUGAAGGUUUGUUUUUGUGUUGGAACUCCAUAUGUAGCCGAGGCUAGCCUAGAUCCACCGUGUAUGCAUGCCUAUGUGAUUAGAGGCAUGAGCCACCACACCUGACAUAAAUAUCUUCUUCAAGGGAACCAGAGUUGGUUCUUUAUGCAGAUUUUUUCCAAUGAAAUAAAACAUAAUAUGAAAUAACAGGUUGUGGGUAGACAUGGUGAGGCCAAAAAAUGGUGGUGGGGUGAGGGUGGGGUGGGGAAAAGAAGGUUGCUGCCAGACUGUUUACCCUUGUAGAAAACCUGGUGUAGACGUCAAUGGACAUUCAUGCUAAGGAUUGGCCUGGGAAUGGUGGGAUGAUUGCUUAACCAUUCUGAAAGGUCACCCUAGUGGAUGUCAGCAAAGAACAACAACAAGUUGGUUUCUUGGCUCCUGAAUCACAAACAGCUGACUGAACUUCACUCACCCACUUCUAUAUAAGCCUCAUGCAGUUAGUUGCCCAUUCUUGAUAUUUUAUUUCAUAGUUUUAUUAUAUAUUUAUUUGGAAUAUUUAUUAAAUUUCUUUUUCUGAUUUGUAGAACUAAAAUCUUCCUUUGUUUUUUUUAUAUGUACUCUAUAAUAUAUGCAAACAUAUUUUUCA